AUGGCUCCAUCUGCAACCAGCCCUCGAUUACCUACCAGCAAACUCAACAUCACACCCGUGCUGUCUGAGAAAACUGCGCGCCAUGUAGAGACUUGGUCCAAGCAAAUCAGGGGAGGGUUCCCAACACUGCCAGUUGCUGUUGAAUCGGCUAAGGGUCAUACCGUCGUCGAUGUAGAUGGCAAGGAAUAUAUAGACUUCAUUGGCCAAUUUGCCGUCAUGAACUUUGGCUAUUCUCAUCCCAAGAUCGCUAAAGCAGCUGCGGACCAAGUCUACAAGAUGCCGCUAAGUGGAACGGCUUACAUCAGCCCAUUGUACGUGGGAUUCGCAGAGCGGCUCACUAAAAAAUUCGGGUUUGACUCAAUUGCGACCAUGCUGAGCGGAUCUGAGGCAGUGGAAUCAGCCGUCAAGAUUGCACGCAAAUGGGCGUAUCUCAAGAAAGGGAUACCGCAGGACCAGGCUCAUGUUCUCACGUUUCCCACAAACGUUAGUUUCACCAGCCCUAACUCACAACUUCCUGUGCUGAAACUCAUGGAACGCAGAUUUCGGACAACAUCUCCCAACAUUGGAUCUUACGCUCCUACAAGUGGUAAACUUAUUCCUUUUGGGGAUUUAAGAAGCUUUGAGAAAGUAUUUGAGGAGGAUGGCGAAAGGAUUGCUGCGCUUUUCGUUGAGCCUGUCCAAGGCUGGGCGGGAACAAUUGUUCCUCCCAAGGGCUACUUGAAAGGUGCACAAGGAUUAUGCAGAAAGCAUAAUGUCCUCUUGAUUUAUGACGAGAUCCAGGCUGGGUAUGGCCGAACGGGAAAAGACCUUUCCUUUCACCACGAACCGGAGCUUGAGCCUGAUAUGGUGACAAUGGCCAAGGGCAUCACGGGAGGAUACUACCCCAUGUCCUUCAUUAUGGGCAAGAAGCAUGUUAUGGAUUUGCUAAGCAAAAACGAAGUUCUUUCAACGUUUGGAGCUUCUCCUAUUGCUCUCUCGGCUGCUCUCGCUACGCUAGAUGUCCUGGAAGACGAGAAGAUCUCGGAGCGUUCUGAACGUCUUGGAAGAGUCCUGGAGAAGACGAUCAAGGAGCUUAACCCGCCACAUGUAAAAGAGCUUCGAGGAAUCGCGCUUUUUCAAUCUUUGGUUCUCGAUCAGAGUGAACCGGGCGUAACCCCCCGACGAGUCCAGGCUCUCGCUGCUCAUCACGGUGUCCUUGUCGGUAUUGGUGCGGAUCGUUUGAGAUUUAGCCCACCUUUGACAAUUACAGAGGAGGAUCUGGUCAAAGCUCUACAUGUUAUUGCUCAGUGCUUGGAGGAAGUUACGGCUUUGGGAGACUUUGCUGGGAGUGAAUUUCUUAGUUAG